AUGGAAGAGACUGAUCAUCUUUCCGAUGAGAGGAAAAAAGCAGAGUUCGACGUCGACGACAUGAAAAUCAUCUGGGCUGGUUCUCGCCACGCUUUCGACGUUUCUAAUCGCAUUUCCCGCCUCGUCGCCAAAGAUCCGGUGUUCGAGAAAAGCAAUAGAGCUGUGAUGAGAAGGAAAGAGUUGUUCAAGAACACGUUGAGAAAAACUGCUCAUGCUUGGAAGAUGAUCAACGAGCUUCGUCUCUCUGAUGAAGAAGCUUUGAAAUUGAAGUUUUUUAUGGAUCAACCAGGCUUCUUGGAUUUGCAUUGGGGAAUGUUUGUUCCUGCAAUUGAGGGACAAGGAACAGAGGAACAACAACAAAAGUGGUUGUCUUUAGCGAAUACAAUGCAGAUUAUUGGAUGUUAUGCUCAAACUGAGCUUAGUCAUGGCUCUAAUGUUCAAGGCCUUGAGACAACCGCCACUUUCGAUUCUCAGAAAGAUCAGUUUAUCAUCCAUAGUCCUACUCAGACAUCUUCCAAAUGGUGGCCUGGUGGUUUGGGGAAAGUUUCUACCCAUGCUGUGGUUUAUGCUCGUCUUAUAACCAAUGGCAAAGACCAUGGUGUCCAUGGAUUUAUCGUGCAACUGCGCAGUUUGGAUGAUCAUUCUCCUCUUCCGGGUAUAACGGUUGGUGAUAUCGGAACAAAAUUUGGAAACGGGGCUUAUAACUCAAUGGACAAUGGUUUUCUUAUGUUUGAUCAGUUCCGUAUUCCUAGAGAUCAAAUGCUUAUGAGACUAUCAAAAGUUACAAAAGAAGGAAAAUAUGUAGCAUCAGAUGUUCCAAGGCAAUUGGUGUAUGGUACUAUGGUGUUUGUGAGACAGUCUAUUGUGUCAAGUGCUUCCAACGCGCUGUCUCGGGCAGUCAGCAUAGCUACAAGGUACAGUGCAGUUCGAAGACAGUUUGGCUCACAUAAUGGUGGCAUUGAAACACAGGUGAUUGAUUAUAAAACUCAGCAACACAGGUUGUUUCCUCUGCUUGCAUCCGCAUAUGCGUUUCGGUUUGUAGGAGAGUGGUUGAAAUGGUUGUACACUGAUGUAACACAAAGACUCGAGGCUAGUGAUUUUGCAACAUUGCCUGAAGCUCAUGCAUAUGGUAUUGAAGAAUGCCGUAAGUUAUGUGGUGGACAUGGCUACUUGUGGUGUAGUGGCCUUCCUGAGUUGUUUGCUGUAUAUGUUCCUGCUUGCACAUACGAGGGAGACAAUGUUGUGUUGCAAUUACAGGUUGCUAGAUUUUUGAUGAAGACAGUUUCACAGUUGGGUUCUGGAAAGGCUCCUACUGGGACAACUUCAUAUAUGGGCAAAACACAACACCUUUUGCAAUGCCGUUCUAGUGUUCGAAAGGCUGAGGAUUGGUUAAACCCUGGAAUGGUGUUGGAAGCUUUUGAAGCAAGGGCUUUAAGAAUGGUUGUUUCUUGUGCUAAAAGUCUAAGCAAGUUUGAGAAUCAAGAACAAGGUUUUUCCGAACUCUCGGCUAAUCUUGUUGAGGCUGCGAUUGCUCAUUGCCAGUUGAUUGUUGUUUCCAAGUUUAUAACCAAAAUAGAAGGAGAGACUAAAGGGAAAGGAGUGAAGAAACAACUAAAGAAUCUAUGCUACAUCUAUGCACUUCAUCUUCUUCACAAACACCUUGGCGAUUUCCUUAGCACGAACUCUGUCACUCCCGAACAAGCCUCACUCGCCAACCACCAGCUUCGGUCUCUCUACUCUCAGCUCCGACCAAACGCAGUUGCUCUAGUGGACGCAUUCGACUACACUGACCACUAUCUUGGCUCUGUUUUGGGCCGAUAUGAUGGUAAUGUUUACCCAAAGCUGUUUGAGGAAGCAUUGAAGGAUCCACUCAAUGACUCCGUGGUCCCUGACGGCUACAGAGAAUACAUUCGACCGUUGAUUAAGCAACACAUCCGUUCUGCUAGACUCUAA